AUAGGAACCAUUCACUGCAGAAACACAUGAUGUUUAGAUCAGAGCUCAAACUAGUUUCAGUUCUCAGAAAGUGAAACUCAGACAGUCAUUGUCACUGAGAGGAGAAAUGGCGCAGAAAGGAGUUCAGCUGGACCAGGAAACCUUCUCCUGUUCGAUCUGUCUGGAUCUACUGAAGGAUCCAGUGACUACUUCCUGUGGACACAGCUACUGUAUGAACUGUAUUAAAACCCACUGGGAUGAGGAAGAUCAGAAGAAAAUCCACAGCUGCCCUCAGUGUAGACAGACCUUCACACCGAGGCCUGUCCUGAUGAAAAACACCAUGUUGGCAGAUUUAGUGGAGGAGCUGAAGAAGACUGGACUCCAAGCUGCUCCUGCUGAUCACUGCUAUGCUGGACCUGAAGAUGUGGCCUGUGAUUUCUGCACUGGAAGAAAACUGAAAGCUGUCAAGUCCUGUUUGGUUUGUCUGGUCUCUUACUGUGAGAAACACCUGCAGCCUCAUUAUGAAUCUCCAUCAUUUGAGAAACACAAGCUGGUGGACCCCUCCAAGAAGCUCCAGGAGAACAUCUGCUCUCGUCACGAUGAGGUGAUGAAGAUGUUCUGUCGUACUGAUCAGCAGUGUAUCUGUUAUCUCUGCUCUGUGGAUGAACAUAAAGGCCACGACACAGUCUCAGCUGCAGCAGAAAGGACUGAGAGGCAGAGAGAGCUGGAGCUGAGUCGACUAAAAAUCCAGCAGAGAAUCCAGGACAGAGAGAAAGAUGUGAAGGAGCUUCAACAGGAGGUGGAGGCUAUCAAUCGCUCUGCUAAUAAAACAGUGAAAGACUGUGAGAAAAUGUUCACUGAGCUGAUCCGUCUGAUGGAGAAAAGAAGGUCUGAUGUGAAGCAGCAGAUCAGAUCCCAGCAGAAAACUGAAGUGAGUCGAGUCAAAGAGCUUCAGGAGAAGCUGCAGCAGGAGAUCACUGAGCUGAAGAGGAAAGAUGCUGAGCUGAAGCAGCUCUCACACACAGAGGAUCACAACCAGUUUCUACACAACUACCCCUCACUGUCACAACUCAGUGAAUCUACAGACUCAUCCAGCAUCAAGAUCCGUCCUCUGAGGUACUUUGAGGAUGUGACAGCAGCUGUGUCAGAGCUCAGAGAUAAACUACAGGACGUUCUGACAGAGAAAUGGACAAACAUCUCACUGACACUGACUGAAGUGGAUGUUUUACUGUCACAACCAGAGCCCAAGACCAGAGCUGAGUUCUUAAGAUAUUCACAGGAAAUCACACUGGAUCCAAACACAGUAAACACAUGGCUGUUAUUAUCUGAGGGAAACAGAAGAGCAACCGUGAUGAAUCAACAACAGUUUUAUUCUAAUCACCCAGACAGAUUCACUUAUUGGUGUCAGGUCCUGAGUAGAGAGAGUCUGACUGGACGUUGUUACUGGGAGGUGGAGUGGAGAGGAGAUGCAGUUUUCGUAGCGGUUGCAUACAAGAAUAUCAGCAGAGCAGGAAAAUCUUAUGAAUAUCUGUUUGGAUUCAAUGAUAAAUCUUGGGCAUUAGGUUGUUUUCAAAACAGUUACACAUUUUUGUACAACUAUAUAAAAACUCCAGUCUCAGGUCCUCAGUCCUUCAGAGUAGGAGUGUACCUGGAUCACAGAGCAGGUAUUCUGUCCUUGUACAGCAUCUCUGAAACCAUGACUCUCCUCCACAGAGUCCAGACCACAUUCACUCAGCCUCUCUAUGCUGGACUCUGGCUUUCAGAUGGAGGCAUUGCUGAGUUCUGUAAACUCAAAUAGACAAAGGUCAUUUAAGGUGCAGUUGGUAAAAAAUCUGUAUUUUAGUUCAUCAGUUUAAUGAGCCUUCGUUACUAAAAGCUAAUUGUUGUGUCAUUUCAAAAAAAUGAUCGCUAGUGACAGGUUUACGUAAUGUAUCAGUAUAUAUCCUGUGUUCUUCUGAUAUCCUCUGAUGCAUUUUUCAUGUAUGUCUUUUUUUUUGUUGCAUGUUUUCUCUGUGUUAUUAUUACUGUAUUGUUUUGUAUUUUCCCCUGUCUUUUCUUCUGCAAAGUGUAAAAGGUACAAUCAGUUAUGUUUUUAAGAACCUGACCUGAAAAAUCCACAUGACUUAUAAUUUGUUACCACCUGGAUCGACUGCACCUUCAAAGUAGCUUCAAGUCUGCCCUUAAUUUACUGUUGAAUAACUGUUAAUGUGCUAAUUAUUCACUUUAUUUGAGAAGAAGAAAACCCCUCACAUUAGAGUGUGUGACAUUUUUUGUUUGUCAGUUAAUUUUCUGAUAUGUCGAUUUGUUCAGAUCGCUUAUAGAACCAUUUGCUUUAAAACUAAAAUGGGGCUGCAGUGUUACCAAGUGCCAGAAAGAACUGAGUUAAAAACAUGCAAUCUAAUUAAAAUGGUGGACUCUGUAA